UGCACACUUAACCAAUGAAAAAUCUUCUUUUUCGCGCCCAAAAAGGGGUAUAAAAGCUGCACCGCCACCACUUCCCGUUCUCGCCACGCGCGUUCACUGGAGGCUGUGUGCAGAGUACUUGUUGAGGUCGCUAUGUCUGGAAGAGGCAAGCAAGGAGGUAAGGCUCGCGCCAAGGCAAAGACCCGGUCGUCGCGGGCCGGCCUGCAGUUUCCUGUGGGUCGGGUGCACCGCCUUCUCCGCAAAGGUAACUACGCCGAGCGGGUCGGGGCCGGCGCGCCCGUGUACCUAGCAGCGGUACUGGAGUAUCUGACGGCCGAAAUCCUGGAGCUGGCGGGCAAUGCGGCCCGCGACAACAAGAAGACGCGCAUCAUCCCGCGCCACCUGCAGCUGGCCAUCCGCAACGACGAGGAGCUCAACAAGCUGCUGGGCAAAGUCACCAUCGCGCAGGGCGGCGUCCUGCCCAACAUCCAGGCCGUGCUGCUGCCCAAGAAGACCGAGAGCCACCACAAAGCCAAAUGAGCAAGGAACAUUUUUGCAGAUGAGCCACCUGCUGACCAAAAGCACUUAGACCCCAGACUGGGUGGAGCCAAAACACUGAUGACUAAGAUUAUUGAAGCAAUCCCUUUUCACUUCACCACUGACCAGUCAUAUGAAUGGGUAUGAACUUCACACAACCAACAACCCUUUUCCAUUAUUUUGCCCUUCAAAACCCUGCUUGUAAACCAGGGAGAGUUCAGGACUUUGAUCGUUAGCCACCCAUUCUCCUUGCAUAGUGCCCUGAAAUAAAUUCCCACUUUCUUUCACUACAUCCCAGUGUCAGUGUUUGGCUUACUGCGUGUCGAGUGAGUGUACCCAGGCUUGUUUGGUUCAGUAACAGUAGGGACUUAUGAAUCAAUAGUGUCUGACAAUCAAUGAUGUUUUGUCUCUGCUCCAUUUCAUUGUGGCCACAGUGGGUCCUUGAACCAGUCCUGUGGUGAUUUCCCCAGAUAGAAUCUUUUUUUCUGUGACUGACAGAGUAAAGGCUAUUAUGACAAAAAAGACCAAGUGAAGCCACUAGAAAUCACUCUAUUAAAAUAGCAAGCCAAAAGCAAUAUUGGUAUUAGUGAAGGGACUGCAGAAAUUAGUGCCAACAUCAGAGACUUGAAAGAUGCAGGGGCAGAGAUUUCCACAAUAUCUCUAUUCAAUUCUCUUAUUCAACUAAAGAAGACAAAUUGAUUAUGGAGAAUGACAGUGAGUUAUUAUAAAGGCUAUUGUAAAGCUAUCGUUUUGUCAGGUGAUUACUCCAAUUGCAUCUACUAUUCCAGAUGUCAUUUUAUUAAUAAAGAAAAUUAACACAUACCAGGGCACUUGGUAUGUAGCUAUUAUUAUUAGUGAUAUUUUCUCUAUACUUAAGCAUAAAGACCAUGAAAAGCAGUGGGCUUUCAGCUGGUGAAUUUGGCAGUAUAUACUCUACUUCAGGGGUAUAUCAACUCUCCAGUUAGUACACAAGACCUCUACCACCUUACCAUAUGCUCUAAAGUUGAAACCUGGUUACUCUUUUAAAUAUGGACAUUUUAGGCAGAUGUAUAGUAUGGAAACUAAUUAUAAGGUAAAUGAGUCUGUCUUGCCACAACUGGCUCAGUCCUGUGGGCCUCACUUGUGUCUCUAUCCCAGUCUUACUCCACUUGGGCUGCUAUGACAAUGAUACCACAAACUGGGUGGCUUAAAUAACACAUUUAUUUCUCACAGUUUUGGAGGCUGGGAAGUCCAAGAUCAUAGCAUGAGUAAAUUCCAAGCCUGGUAAAAGUUUGUUUCCUGACUUCCUGGCUAUUAUCAGUCUUCUGCACAUGGAGCAAAUGGUGAAUGAACUCUCUGGGGUCUCUUUCAUAAGAGCCUAAUCCUAUUCAUGAAGACCUAACACAUCCCAAAUUCCCCCUCCCCACCCCAAUACCAUCACAUUAGGUAUUAGAUUUCAACAUAUCAAUUUUGGUGGAACACAUUAACUCUAUAGAAACCCCUAAAACUUUCAUUUCCUUUUCUGAACUCAAGCAUAAAUAGCCAAAGAUAAAUUGAUAUGGACCUCCUGUGCAAGGAGGCCAGUGGAGCAAUGGGUCACAGGUCUGACUAGAGUCAUGAUUCCACACCUGGCUGUCUGCUUUCUUUGUUUUUCUGAAAUACAUCUUUCUUCCUACAUUGUUCAUGGAAGUGAUGCUGUAACAAAUUAUUAAAGUACUUUGAAAGGAAAUUAUCCGGAGUUGAUUUUUCACAUGGGAAAAUGUUACCCCACCAUGGAGCUUUGGCUGUCAGUUGAGUCCAAGUCUGCAGAGCCAUCAGAGGAGCCAUCUUCUAAGAUUUUUUAUCUCCCACUUCUUCCUGAAAUUGAGAAAGAAUGAUGACUGAGAAAGACUCGAACAAAUUUUAAAAUCAAAGAAGCUUUAAAGGAAAUGAUAAUAAUUGACCAAUACUUUCUCCAACUUCUUUCCCUUUGGAUAGCACCCACACUCAUUUGGACUUUUGUAGCAGGAGCCACUCCUGGAGGAAAGAGAAGGAACAUCUGGAGAAUGUUAAUGUGUAAAGAAAGGUUCAUGGUGGCAUGGAGAGGCUGAGAAACCGUUUAGAACUGAAAAGAAUCUACAACUAAAGUUAAACUCCCAGGGAAGAGAAAGGAUUGGAUGAGCAGUGACUUGUUUUUGGAUAGCGUCAUUUUAAAAAAAUGAUCUUUCUCUGUUUUUUGUUUUGUUUUUCUUUAGGACUCUUGAUUUCCUUGGUAAGUAGAAGGACUAGGGGGAAAAAAAUCAAGAUCUCACUGAGAAAGAACAAAAAACAUAUCAAAAGAGCCUUUUAAUUCGUGAGUGGAUUCCACAGUCUUCCUCUCAAGAUUGUUUAAAUCUCCAAAGUGUUCCAUCAGAGGCACUGGAAAUUAAACCAAUGAAACCAAAACAUGGCUCAUCUUCAGCCGGUUCUUGAGCUUUUAUGUAAUUCUUUUAAUAGGUAACAUCCAAAGUCUAAAAUGACAUGCAUUACCUUCUCCCUCCUGCUUAUCCCAAGCUAUUCCUUCUCCUUAGUCUCCAGCCCAUCAACUGGUUAUGGUUGUCAUGAGUUUACUGAUUAUCCUGGAGAGAUUUUUUGAAACAUGCAUAUGUAAUCUAAAAUAAUAUCUCUCUGUUUUAUACAGAUGGAUAUGAACCUUGCUUUUAUUUCAAAAUAUGUGUGUGUAAAUAAUGACCAUUCUCGUUUUUUAAAAUAUACAUAGCACUCCACUGUGUAGUAAUGCCAUAACUUAUCUAGUUAAAUAAUUCUGAAUAAUUUGGUUUUUUUCCAAUCAUGCUAUUACAAUUAAUGCUGCAGAGAAUAAGCUCGAACACAAUAUAUUCUCUGAGGUGUGCAAGUAUAUCUUGUACAUUUGUGGAAAUGCUGUAUUGAAGGUUAUAUGCAUUUGAAAUAUUGGUAGAUCCUGUCAAAUUGUUCUCCAUAGCAGCAAAACAUAGUAUUUGUCUAUGGGGAAAAAGCACAGUUGAGUAGGAUACUGGGCACACUCAAUACACCCCCUUACUUCAUUGCCUGCCAACUGACGACGCAAUCCAUGUAGACUAUAGAAAAUUCCUGAAAAUGAAGGAUUUUGUGAUGCUGGAGUAUUGCUUUCUCUCAAAGAGGUGAUAUUUCACAGCCUGGGGCCUGUAAAGAUGGGGUCAAGCUGGAUGAGACUGGGAAGGAGCUGAGUGAAGAAAUCUGAUGGAGGGGUUUGGGGAGCGAUCUCCUUGUGUAUACUCCUUAAAAUAAACAUACCAAAUGAACAGGAGCGACCAACUUUGAUACAAAACACUAUAAAUCGGAGUCUUUUGUGGCUGUGGUGUUUCAUUUAUGAGGGGUGUGCUGGGUGAGGCUGUGAUGGCUGAGUGGUUAAGGAGUUGGACUUGAAAUCCAAUGGGGGCUCCCCACGCAGGUUCAUAAUCCUGCUCUCAGCAUUUCGCACUGUUGUGAUCUCGUAAAACUUUGAAUCCUUCAGAAAAUGCCAUGGUUUUUCAGUCACGACACCCAUUUUUUCCCUCACCACCACUUUGUGUGUUUUAUCUCACAUCAUCUCCAAGCUGGGCAUUUGUGAGUCAGACCCUGAGCAUGCGGUGCUUCCUUGCAUCCUACCAUCUACAGCUUCCCUGCAGUCCACACAAAGCUCGAGACUUUGCGUUCAGAAUAGCUGCUUGCUUUGCAUUGAAAUAGUUAAAUCUGAAAGCAGCUUCGGACCUCAAUGGUAAAGCAAAACAGGAAAUUUUGUUUUCCAAAGUUUGGGAUAACAGUGUCCAUGCUCAUAGUAGAAAUGUGGGUGGCUUCCUUAAAGACUUCUGUGGUAUUUAAGAAAAAAAAAAAAAAGAGCAAGUACACAAGAAACAGGCUAAUGGGAAGAUCUAGGACUGUAAAUAUCGUUUGUAUACGGGUGCCAAGCGCUUUUUGAAACAUUGUAGAGAAAUUAGGAAGUUAAGACAAAGAGAAGAUAACACUUGGCAAAGGCAAUUUAGUGAGUCCUGAUGAAGACAUUGUGCAGCCCGGCUGCACUUGGAACGAAACUCUUCUUGUUUCUCACCCUUAUUAAAGGAGAGGAGCACCUUCACUUAUAAAUACUUUUGUAUUUCCACAUGUUUAUUUCGUCUAUACUGAGUCCUUAAGUAUAGCUAGCCAAUUUAUGUAAUGAUUACUGGAAUUCUUUAAUUUCAUAAUUGUAUUAACCAUGGGAAUUUGGUUCUUAAAAUGUUUAGUUUUACUGAAAUUCUUGCCUCCAUUUGGCCUAAUUUGUGAAGUGAGUGUUUCUGAAUCUCUUUUCUGCUGUAUAGAGUCUGAAAUUAUUUCCUCCAUAAAGAGUUAUGGCUCUUUGGACAGUGAGAUGGAAAACAUGAUUGAAUAUUGCAAUAAUGUAUUUUAUUCUUUCUUUUUCAUUAUGUCAAAAUUUAAAAUUGUGUGGAUCACUAAUUAUUAAUCCACACACAGCAUCAGAAUCUAAGUACAUAAGAAAAAUGUAAUUGCUUGGUGAACAGAUGAAUGGACUGCAUUAAUUUUAAAAAGGCGAACGACAGUCCUAUCACGUACAUGGUGCUUCAAAGCAGAAAAUUAUUUCAUAAAAUAAAUAUUUUAGGCUAAUGCAUCUUAUGCAAAUUGACCACAAAGACAAUUAGUCAGUUUUUUCAGAAUCCACAGGUUUUAGUCGUUCAAUUCAUUUCUGUUUAAAAUGGAUUACCAAUCAACCAUUUUCCUCAAUGAUUUAAUGAGUAAUACAUAUAUACCCCAACCUUGCAGUCGUGAGGGGCCAGUGGUGCAGUGGAUAAUGUGUCUGACUACAGAUUAGAAGAUUCUAGGUUCCACUCCUGGCUGGCUUGGCUUACCCACUUUUAGAAAAGUAUCUAUCCUUCUUUGUACAGGCUUUUCAAAUUGAUAAACUAAAACAAAUUAUUCAAGUCCUUCGAAAGAUUAAUUCAUCUGACCUGACUCUUCAACCUGCAAGGUACUUCCGGACAGCACAGUGUGGGCAGUCCAAGUAAAUCUGGUUACUCAAAAUGUCUCUUCAGAAAUUUCAUCCUUUUUAUCUCCAUUCUUUCACUAAUGCUAAGAAAGGGAGUUGUUUGAAAGAGAACUUUGUAAAGACAACUUUAAAAAUCAAAACAAGAAUUAUUUUUCAACCAUAAACAAUAAUGAAGUUCUGAUACAAGUUACAGGUCAAAGAAGCCAGAUGCACAAGGCAGCAUACUGCAUGAUUCCAUUUACAUGAAAUAUCCAGAAUAGGCAAAUCCAUAGAAGUAGUAUUAGUAGUUGCCAGGAGCUGGGGAAGGGUACAGAGUUUAUUUGGGGAUGAUAAAAAUGUUUUGAAAUUAGAUAAUGGUGAUGGUUGCAUGAGUCUGUGAAUAUACUAAAAACCACUGAAUUGUACAUUUUUAUGGUGUACAAAAAUGUGAAUUUAUGUUGUACAAAAAAGGAAAUACUAGCUUUAAAAAAUCGAAGAUGCAUCAAAGAAAAUAUAAAUAAAAAUUGACCAGUAUUUUCUUUAUUAAUUUUUCCUGCACUGGGCAAGGCUCUCACU